UUCCAGCCGCGAGCUGUCAGGCCGAGUGUCAGGCCGGGCAGGUACGCGGCGCGCUCCCCCGGCGGCCCCCGCCCCCCGCCAGGACGCCCCGGACGGAGCCUGAGGCCGCGUGGACUGAAAAGCCGCCCGGAAAAGCUUGCCCAGGGUCCAGCCUAGCUCCUAAACACCAUGUCAGACAGUGAUCUGGGUGAGGAUGAAGGCCUCCUUUCCCUGGCGGGCAAGAGGAAGCGCAGAGGGAACCUGCCCAAGGAGUCAGUGAAGAUCCUUCGGGACUGGCUGUACUUGCACCGCUACAAUGCCUACCCCUCAGAGCAGGAGAAGCUGAGCCUUUCUGGACAGACCAACCUGUCAGUGCUGCAGAUAUGUAACUGGUUCAUCAACGCUCGGCGGCGACUUCUCCCAGACAUGCUUCGGAAGGACGGCAAAGACCCCAACCAAUUUACCAUUUCCCGCCGCGGGGGUAAGGCCUCAGAUGUGGCCCUCCCCCGCGGCAACAGCCCCUCAGUGCUGGCUAUGUCGGUACCAGCACCUACCAAUGUGCUCUCCUUGUCUGUGUGCUCCAUGCCGCUCCACUCAGGCCAAGGGGAAAAGCCUGCUGCUCCUUUCCCCCAAGGGGACCUGGAGCCCCCUAAGUCCCUGGUGACCCCUGGUAGCACACUCACCCUACUGACCAGGGCUGAAGCUGGAAGCCCCACAGGUGGACUCUUCAACACACCUCCGCCCACACCCCCAGAGCAGGACAAGGACGACUUCAGUAGCUUCCAGCUGCUGGUAGAGGUGGCACUACAGAGGGCUGCUGAGAUGGAGCUUCAGAAGCAGCAGGACCCAUCGCCCCCAUUACUGCACACUCCUAUCCCUUUAGUCUCUGAAAACCCCAAGUAGGCCUCCGUCAACAGGGGUGCUUGAGGCUUGAGCCAGCUGUCCUGGGUUUCCGUUUUGGUUCCCUUUCAUACAGAGGGUUUUCUUUGGAUCACUGCCAAACAUCGGGAUCAUCUCCUCUGUCCAGAGGCCUUCAGCAGGAAGACACCAGCUGGUGUCACUGCACUGUGAUGGGGACCUCUCCUCUGCUGACUCUCCUGUUUCUCCAGGCUUCCUCAGUGGUGAGACCAAGAGAUGGGAGACAGGCAUGGUGCUGCUGCUGCUUCUCCAGAGACUCCCCAGGACACCUUUGUUUCAGCCUGUUUUCCUGGGCUGGGCACAGGAAACCUGCCAAGUUCAGACCUAUGCUGGGUCCAAUAUGCCCGAGCUGGGCUCUUUUUGUUAAGCCAAGUGUGGACAUUCCAAGUUUAUGAGUGUGAUCAAAAGAGGAACUUAGCAGAUGUAACAGUACUGACUCCAGUUGAAUGGUUAGGUUUCCACUAAAUUUUGUGUUUUUUCCCAUUUUGCUGUGGUUUGCAUCAAAGGGAGUAGUUAGCCCAGGUGUGGGGAAUAAGUUUGUCAAGGGAAGUCUGAUGAACUGGGAAUGAUCCACCACUGCAACUGGUGAGUGUUUUAGGAGGAAGGAGUAUUUUUAGUUUGGGGACCAGCUAAAUCUCUGCAAAAUUCCAAAUAGUUGUUUCUUUGUUGGUUUGGUUUACCAAAAAGAGAAAGGAGAAAAAAAAAAUUGUGUGGGCUUUGGCUUUUCUGUGUCAGGCACAGAAAGAAGCCUGGUGAGGAUUCAGCUGAAUCUGAUCCAACCUAGGUGCAGAGCAGAGAAGGAUGAUAAAUCAGAGAGUUGUUUGCUUUUUUUAAUUUUUGUUUUUACUGUAUUUUGGGGGGGGUGGGGGAAGUAAGCUAGACUGAGGCAAUGGGUUUUUUUUUUUUUCUUUCUCUCUCUCUCUCUUUAAUGUUUCCCCCUUCCUUAUUUUUGAAAGCUUUGCCCUGCAGCCUGAGUUUUGAAUUCCUUUAGGAACUUGCAUUAGUGGGGACAGAAUGUCAAAGGCUGCCAGUAGCUCCUACUUGGAGAGAAGUGAGCCAUCUACUGGCCAGGAAGCCCUUUUAGUUGACUCAAGCUUUUAGCUACUUUUCCUGCUGGUGGCAGGAAGAGUCCUAGAGGAAGCAGGGAAUAGUGCCUCCAGUAGGUGAGGAUUUGCCUUUAGAGGAAGCUGGGGCUGGAAAUCGCAUUAUGAAGCCUGUUCGCUGUCUUUGUGUUGCACCUUUAAAUUGGAGUUGUUCAGGCCCUGCCCUGAACUCCACAGUGAAACUGAUCACAGUUGGUCUUAGUCUUCCCCCCAUUUCUUAUUUUGCUGAAAAUGUUAAACAGCAAUAUACCCCAUCUUUAUAUAUCCUAAGAAACACUAAUCCUAGGUUACUACUAGCCAAAAUAUUUUUGUUCUGAAUAACAUCAUUACUGGACCAAAAGAUAGGUCAGGAUCCCCAGCCUGUAGAUCCAAAGGCUGCCAUGUUGGGCCCAAGGGGAAGUUCCUCGGAUUGUCUGGCUUGGGUGGGAGAAAGGCAGCAACAUGUGUUCUGCCCUUUCUGGGAUGAUCCCUGAAGGCUUCAAGGAAGCUCCCCGCUUAGUGACUUGGCCCAUCCAUUCUUGUGGGAGUGGGGAUUGGUCAUUUAAGGAGAGGGAGCUUUGCUUUCUGAGCAAGUUUCCUAGGCUCUCUCAUUGCUACCCUAGCUUAUUCCUCUUGUGCCUUGUCCAUGCAUGCCCCAGGGGGAUCAGGGAUCCUCACCCUCCUGAGGCCCAGCUGGGGAAGAAUGGCCAAAGCAGCUUCAAGGUGGAAGCAGUUGUCUGUCCAGUUUCAUCCGUCCCACCCAUCUAUGAGCCUAAGUCUGGUGACUGUUGCAAGUUGCUUAUAACGGGAAACUCUGGAAUUAUGCUGGGCUGGGGUGGGACUUUCCCUUCCCACAGUGCACUGAGCUGUGGAGGGGGUGAGGGGUGAAGGAGCCAUGCUGCUGAAUUCUAGUUGGCAUUCCCCCCCUUAUGCAAGAUGGGCAGGCUGGGGCUAGGACAGCCUCUGCUUGGUUUCGUUGUGAGACAAACCUGGAGAAGCAGUUAUCCCGGUGAAUUAUUUGAGCAAAAAACUACUGUAAAUAACUUGUUUUUGUCUUGUCAAA